GGACUUCCCUGUGCAGACAGCCAGUUCCCUACACACUUGCCUGGAGCCAUGACACGGCUCUACACUGCUGCUGCAGCCCCACUGCUCUGCACCCUUGCUGUGCUGUUCAAAACCUCUCUGUCAGCAGACCAUGUACCGAUGCUGCUUUGGUCAACUCAGAGGUCACUGUGGAAUCCAGACAUAGCUUUGCAUGAAGGACACGUUGUUUCAGCACAGGAGCUGACUGUACUCUUGCAACAUAUUUUUACCCAGGAUUCCAGAAACCUCAUCUUGUUCCUGCAAGAUACACUUAGCAUAGAUGAUUUCACAUACCUCAGUGAAGCCUACGAUAACAAGAAUCCAUUUCAAAAUGUUCAGGAAAUUCUUCAGUCUUCUGCUUCAUCUUUAGUUUUGCCAGCUGUUGACUGCAAGGCUACCAGGCAUCUUCUGAGCUUUCUUCAGGAGUCAGGAAAUUGGAAGUUAACAAACUUAACUGAUCAUGAUGUCUCUCAGCUGGAAGUGAAUACAUCUAAACCAAACUUAAUGGUGGUUCAGCUACAACCACUUUUCAGUUCAAAUGAAGUUUCCAUCCUGGAAGCGAUUGCUGAAAAUGACAAAAUAAUUGGACGACUGACCACGGAUCUGCAGGAACGAGGAAUUCAUUUUUCCGUAGUUUAUACUGCAGUGAGACCUUCAAGGAUAAUGCACAUUUCUAGAAGAACUGAUGUGAUGGGGAAGUUAAGACGACAAUUAAUGGCCACUGAGGAAGAAGACAGUUUAUCAUAUCCUCCUUUGAAUGUGACCACUGGAAAUGAUACAUGCAUCCUUUUUUAUGCGAGUAAUUUCAGCCUCCAAGCCAACAAUUCAGUUUUUAUAGAUUUGACAAAUGCAACAUUUGUAACAGUGAAUGUGACUACUACUUCGUCUGAGUGCUCAGAUGUCAACACAACACUGUCAUUAAAAUACACAAAGCCAGUGAAUGGAAUCAGCAGCCUAGAGAUAAGGUUUUUAAUGACCAACAAGUUCUAUGAAGGUUCAGCUAGAAAUUGGUCCACUUUGGAUUCAGUUGAGAUCAUACAAGACGAAGAAAACACUGCGAAAUUUAACGUUUCUGUCAUCUCUGCUCCUGCAGAGUAUUCAUUUCAUUGUCAGCUGGUGGGAACAAGCAAUCUCUAUCCUGUAAGGCUGAUUCCAUUCAACGAUGAGGCAAAAAACUGGGAUGUUUUCAUUUCCAGGUUGCAAAUUCAAGGCUUUAACAUUGAAAACAACCAGUUUUCCUAUGCAAGUGACUGUACAGGUUUUUUCAGUCCUGGAAUCUGGAUGGGCUUGGUGACAUCAGUACUUUUCCUGUGGAUCCUGACCUAUGGAAUUCAUAUGAUCAUGCAGCUCACAACAAACAGUAGAUUUGAUGAUCCCAAAGCUCCAGGUCUGUCAGUUCCUCAGACAGAAUAGCCACAGAUUGAAUUAAUGCUGCUACGGCUUUUCCUGGUCUGAUAUUUAUGAUUUUUAUAACCAUUGUACUUUGUGAUAUGUGUAACUUCAAAGGUUAUGUAAACAGAAAGGAAUAAUUAAGUUGUAUAUAAAAAUGAUCCUUCUGCUUGACAAUAAUUAUAAUUCUACUUAUUACUGUCAUUUGCUAACAGCUAUCUGUGCUAAGGGUCUGAAAUGAGACUGUAGAGGCUAUCACUCUAUCUGGCUAUCAGAAAAAGCAGUGCAGACAAACUUCAGGUUAAAUAUUAUUGACAAAGAAAGGCUAUCACAACAGAAAUAAAUGAGAAUGAUAAAUAAGCUUUGGUAGAACACUAUGUAUUGAAAAUUACCAGUCUCUCUAAAGGCUCUUUAGCAAGUAUGCCAUGUUGAUGCUAUGUCUUAAGAAGGCUGAGCUGUGUCUUCUCUUUAUUUUUCUCUUGAGAAAACCAUUCAGAAAUGUACAGAACCAAUAAAGUAUAAGUCACAAAAUAAAUGGUCUUGAAAAGUCUUUUCAAAAUACGUGACUUUGUUCAGAUGUGAUAUCACAAAUGAGAAUGAGUGGAUUAAGGUUUAGCUUACCUCUAGUGUAAUCUUAUGCAUGUGAGAAUUGAGUUAUGCUAACUCAUGCGUUUGUUUAAGCAGUGGACAGCUGAUGGAGUUACUCAGCAAGAUAGAUCCGUGUCCAAA